AUUAGGUCUGAUAACAAAACAAGAUAAUAUAAGAUGAGUGAAAUUCAGGCAAUGUAAACAGUACCUACGGAGUAUAUAUGAACUUUUAUAAAGCUUCUGAUUAAACAGUUUCUUCCCCCAUAGGCCAUAGCUUUUACCAAUAUAUUACGGAGUAAGAAACAUCUCAAUUCUCAAAUUACCAAACCAAAAAACAAUUGAAUCAUUUUCUCUCUCCUCAAUUCAACCCCGCCAAAAUUUUAUGCUUUAAGCUGAAUUUCAAUGGCGGACAAGCAGCUUAUACUCGUUGUUGAAGGGACUGCGGCUAUGGGUCCUUAUUGGAAAACCAUUGUUUCCGAUUACCUUGAUAAGAUCAUCAGGUCUUUUUGUUCAAAUGAUAUGAUAACUCAGAUACAGAAACCUACUUCAAUUGUUUCUGGUUCAACUUUUGAGCUUGCUCUGGUUGUGUUUAAUACACAUGGACCUUAUUCCGGUUCCUUGGUUCAAAGAAGUGGUUGGACAAGAGACAUGGAUAAUUUUUUAAGCUGGUUGUCUUCCAUAACAUUUUGUGGCGGUGGCUGGAACGACGUUGCAACUGCUGAAGGCCUUGCCGAGGCUUUAAUGAUGUUUGCUAUCCCUCAAAAUGGAUAUCGAGCUGAACAGAAUUUGGAUGGAAAAAGACAUUGCAUUCUUGUUUCUGCUAGUAAUCCUUAUCCCUUGCCGACACCAGUAUAUCGACCAGCAAUUGAAAAUCCUGAGCAGGGUGAAAGUGGUGAAGCUCAAACCGAGAAUCUUUUAUAUGAUGCUGAGACUGUGUCUAAAUGGUUUGGUCUGUGUUCUGUCUCGUUGUCUGUGAUUUGUCCAAAACCGCUACCUAAGCUUAAAGCAUUAUAUAACGCUGGUAAGCGUAACCAGAUGGCGACUGAUCCAGCUGUUGAUGUUAAACAACCUCACUACUCUGUUCAGAUUUCAGAUAGCUUCAUGGAGGCUCUUGCUGCCUUAAGUCGGUCGGGAUUGGCUCAAAGUCAAAAUCCUGCCACAACUUCACCUCCUGGCUCAGCCCCUCCUUCUGUGUCACCAGUGAAUGGAUAUAUCAUGAAUAGACCAUCUGUGUCUGCUGGAAAUGUUCCGCAAGCAACUGUCAAAAUGGAGCCAAGUACAGUGACAUCCAUGGCAUCAGGACCUGCUAUACCUCAUAUGCCUUCCAUUCCUCGUGCUGCUGCACAAAGUGUUCCUAGCUUACAGGCAUCUUCGCCUCCUUCUGUGUCACAGGAGCCAACUACCACCAAUGAAAAUGUUCCAGAUCUGAAGCCAAUUAUUAGCAGUUGCAUUUCUCAGCCUGUGCGUCCUGUGGGUGCCAUACUAAACAAUAUCUCUCAAGCACGAGUAGCCCUUGCUGGAGGAACUUCUCUAGGGUUGCCUUCAAUGGGUGGGAACACUAUUGGUAUGCACAUGUCAAACAUGAUAUCUAAUGGUAUGACAUCGAAUGUGCCACCUUCUCAAACUGUAUUGUCUUCUGGACAGUCCGGCAUCUCUACUGUAACUGGGUCGGGAAGCAUUGCAGGAGCUUCUCAGCCUUUACAGAACUCAGCCCUUGGUUCGUUUUCUACUGCAACUUCAAAUGUCUCUGGAAAUUCUAACCUAGGCAUUUCUCAGCCAUUGACUAAUCUCCAAGGAAAUGUAAGUAAUACGAUGGGUCAACCUAUAUCUGGGAUUGGUCAGGGAAAUGUUUCGGCUAUGACACAGAGUGGGACUAAUAUGAAUCCAAACAUGAUGUCGAAUCUUGGUUCAACUGGUGCACCAUCCGGUACUGGCUCUAUGAUGCCAACUCCAGGAAUGCCUCAGCAGGUACAGCCAGGAAUGCAAUCUAUUGGAGUUAACAAUUCAGCAGCUAAUAUGCCGAUGUCUCAACAAGCUACGGCUUCUUUACAGUCUUCACAAUCCAAAUAUGUUAAAGUUUGGGAGGGAAACUUAUCCGGACAGAGACAGGGACAACCUGUAUUUAUUACUAGAUUAGAGGGGUACAGGAAUGCAUCAGCCUCAGAGACACUUGCAGCAAACUGGCCGCCAACUAUGCAAAUAGUCCGUCUUAUUUCUCAAGAUCACAUGAAUAACAAGCAAUAUGUUGGCAAAGCAGAUUUUCUUGUUUUCAGGGCGAUGAAUCAGCAUGGAUUUCUUGCUCAGCUACAAGAAAAGAAGCUUUGUGCAGUUAUCCAGCUGCCUACACAGACGCUGCUGCUGUCCGUUUCUGAUAAAGCCUGCCGCUUAAUAGGAAUGCUUUUUCCUGGGGAUAUGGUGAUUUUUAAACCUCAAAUACCAAGUCAGCAACAGCAGUUGCAGCACCAGCAGCAACAAAAUCAGCAGUUACAGCAUCAGCAGCAGCAAAAUCAGCAGAUGCAACAGCAAAAUCAGCAGAUGCAGCAGCAGCAAUCUCAACAACAACAGCAGCAGCAACCACACUCUCAGCUGCAGCCUCAACAACUUCAACAUAUGCAACAGCAACAAACUAUGCAACAGCUGCAACAACAGCAGCAGCUUCCCCAGAUGCAGCAAUCACAGCUUCAACAUUUACCACAACAACAAAGCAUGCAACAUCUGCAGCAACAACAGCAAAUCCCGCAACUUCAACAACAGCAAAUUCCACAGCUUCAGCAACAACAACAAAUUCCACAACUUCAGCAACAGCAACAAAUACCUCAGUUACAACAGCAGCAACAACUUCAGCAGCUACAACAACAAUCUCAACCUCAGCAAAUGGUUGGUGCUGGAAUGGGUCAAGGUUAUAUGCAAGGUCCCGGUCGACCUCAGUUGGUUCCCCAGGGACAAGUACCGUCGCAGGGGACCCAGCCAAAUAUGUCUGGAGGUGGAUUUAUGGGUUAGUUUGUUUAGGUGUUUUAUAAUUGAACAAAAAUAUUUAUAAGUGUCCCCUUGUCUUUGUCACUUGGGUUGGCGCUGCUAGUUAAAAUAUAGUGAAUAGUCUAAUUAAUUGGAUUAUGAUAUGAAUUUAUCACAUCUUAAUUAUAUUCUAAUCUAUUAAACUAUUCUUAUGAAAUGCAAGAGGUAAGAAGGAAUUUUGUUGUAA